AUGAAAUCAAGCAGCAGAAGGGCGCCCUGGCUCGUGGGCUCUUCGUUGGUGGCAUCGCUUCUUCGACACGCUCAUGAGCUAGCGCUUCCUAAUGACCUGACGAGCGGUUCAAAGCUAAAACCUGCUUUAGAGCAUAUGCUUAUCACUUUGGGAGACUGUCGAGAUGGUGCUUUGGCUUCAACAGGUUGCUUUACGUCCGAGUAG